GCCCCCAGGGCGGCCUGCACUUCGGGAUCCCAAGCGGAAGCCGCGCGGCCACUGUCUGUGCUUUUAGCUUCGGGUCUUGCGGCACCGGGAGCCGCCAUCAUGGUGCGGAAGCUUAAGUUCCACGAGCAGAAGCUGCUGAAGCAGGUGGACUUCCUGAACUGGGAGGUCACUGACCACAACCUACACGAGCUGCGCGUGUUGCGGCGUUAUCGGCUGCAGCGGCGGGAGGACUACACGCGCUACAACCAGCUGAGCCGGGCUGUGCGUGAGUUGGCGCGGCGCCUGCGCGACCUACCCGAGCGCGACCCGUUUCGCGUCCGCGCCUCGGCCGCGCUGCUGGACAAGUUGUAUGCUCUCGGCCUGGUGCCCACGCGCGGCUCGCUCGAGCUCUGCGACUUCGUCACGGCCUCGUCCUUCUGCCGCCGCCGACUGCCCACCGUGCUCUUGAAGCUGCGCAUGGCGCAGCACCUCCAGGCCGCCGUGGCCUUCGUGGAACAGGGCCACGUGCGCGUGGGCCCCGACGUGGUCACUGACCCCGCCUUCCUUGUCACACGCAGCAUGGAGGACUUUGUCACCUGGGUAGACUCGUCCAAGAUCAAGCGGCACGUGCUGGAGUACAAUGAGGAGCGUGAUGACUUCGAUCUGGAGGCCUAGCCGAUCGUCCCUGCCUUUCGAGGAUGGGAAAGCUGAGACCUGAUGCUUGAGAUUCUGUGAGGGCGCUUGCCCCAAGAGUGUAUCGGCCGAGUCGUUGGUUCUUAAGAACUUUGUCCCUCAGCAGCAGGUCACGCACAGAGCCAAAGGGUACGGCCGUUUUCCAUAAACUUUUCUUGGCCCUUGGACUAUUGAUAAUUACAUUACUGAUUUAAGAGACAAUGGGAAGCGGUUUUGUGCUGCACUGCGGAAUUGUUAGAUUAUGUACCUGAAACAUUGUAGUGCGAAGGAACUUUGAGCCCCUCCCCUCCCCCUAGCUUUCCCUUUAUUAUCUUGUAGCAGGACAGUUUGGUUAAACCUGUUUAAUUCGAGUACUUGCUCUUGUUUUGUGAUUAAGCUAUGUACAGACGAUGGAGAGUCUGGUCUCAAGUUUUCAUAAAAUGGGUGAGAUUAGUAUUCAGGGACCCACCCGUGCCUAAAGGAAUGCUUUCCUAAUGCCAAUAAAUGGCCCAACUUUUGUAAGAGCAAA